GGCAGGCACAUAAAACAGACGUGCGCACACACAAACCUAACUGCUUGUCACAGCGUCUCCAUAGACUGCGCUGGGAAUCAGAUGACAAGUGGGCUCCUGUCCAACAGAUUAACUUUGCCCUAUCAGUGUCUGCUGCUGGCUUGUAACAUAGUCAGUGCAAGGGAGCGUUAAUCACUGGAGAGAAGUAGGUACUGUAGGUAGACAUGGUGUCCAAAUCCCUGUGCUUCGUACUUCUCUCUGUUCUCCUGGCGUAUUACAUUUAUAAACCUCUGCCAGACAACAUGGAGGAGAAAUGGAAAGUUAUGCUGAUGGAUGCCACUUUCAGAAGUCUUGGACAUUUGGCUACCGUGGCAGAGAUUUUUGGGGUUAAGCAUUACAUGGAAGUGAUGAUGCUUUUAACGCAUGCCGAACACACAGAGCCCACAUCUGAUAGCCAUGUUAUUGUCACAGACACAUCAUUUAACAACGUUCCAGUCCGGUUAUAUAUACCUAAAGAACAGUCAAAAGCAUUGAGAAGAGCAAUUGUCUACAUUCAUGGUGGCGGAUGGUGCUUAGGAAGUGCAGCCAUGAAACCGUAUGACAAACUAUCAAAACAAUCUGCACACAACCUAAACGCUGUAAUUGUGUCGAUCAAUUACCGUCUAGCUCCAAAGUUUCACUUCCCGAUCCAGUUUGAUGAUGUGUACAAUGUAGUUCAAUUUUUUCUGCAAGAAAAGGUCCUAGAAAAGUAUUCUGUAGAUCCCAGUCGUAUUGCAGUAUCUGGAGACAGUGCUGGAGGAAACUUAGCUGCUGCUGUGGCACAAAUGCUGCUUCACGACCCAGAAGUCAAUGUGAAAUUCAAGAUUCAAGCAUUAAUAUAUCCAGUUCUCCAAGCUCUUGACUUGAAUACUCCAUCUUACAAAGAAAAUCUCUACAUGCCUUUACUCUCCAGGACUCUGAUGGUCCGUUUCUGGAGUGAAUACUUCACCACAGAUCGAUCCCUGUUUGAAGCAAUGAUGUCUAACAAACAUAUAGGAUCUGAAAAUGCUCAUUUAUUUAAGUAUGUUAACUGGAGUACAUCGUUGCCUGAAUCCCUAAAAAAGAAUCACGUUUACAAUAUGCCUAAGAACCAGAAUACCUUGUUUGUUAAAAAGUACCCAGGACUUUUGGAUGUGAGAGCUUCUCCUUUGUUGGCAGCCGAUGAACAGUUAUCUGGUCUGCCACUGACAUAUGUAAUUACCUGCAUGUAUGAUGUGCUUAGAGAUGAUGGCUUAAUGUAUGUGUCAAGACUUAGAAAAGUUGGGGUACAUGUAGUACAUGAACACUAUGACACGUUCCAUGGUAUAUUUUUAAUGAAUGUAUGGCCAUUUGAUUUUUCUUUAGCAAAUCGUGCGGUGGACAAAUAUCUAGACUGGCUCGAUACCAACCUGUGACAAGUCUAUAAGGAAAUUAGUACAAUGUCUUAAUGAUUUUUGGUGUUAAUUCCUGUUCCUACUAAAAUAAGAGACACCUAUUUUACAACAGCUUGCCUCUCCGUGUGUCUUCUAAAUUUAAAGAACCACUUCCACAAAAAAUUGCAUUCUGUGACCUGUUAGGUGCAUGACGUAAAAGUACUAAAGGUAAUUUUCUAACUAGUGACUGUAUUUGUGAGUUAUCUCCCCCCCACCCCCUUUGAUCCUCUGCUGUGCAAUGUGUUCAGCACUCUGUAUUUCCAAAUAAUACGGCAUCUUAUGUGGACAGGAAGUCAGUUUCUCUGUGUAUUCCUAUGAGAACCUCAAUGUCAGUCUCAUCGGAAUGAACAGAGAAGUAAUUUACUUGCUGUCCUGUGUCAGUUGGAAAUUAGAGUGCUGUUCACAUCACACAGCUAAGGAUCAGAAGGGAGGUUAUAACUCACAAAUACAGUCAAUGGUGAGAAGAUUACAUUCACUAUAGAUUACAUCAUUUACCUUUUUGUGGGAGUGCUUCUUUAAAGAUUAUUCAUUCUAUUGGCAUUAGAAUUAUUUACAUACAAUAGCUACUUUAUCAAACCAGUUCUAAAAUGUCUUGAGGAAAUGGUUGUCAUCCAACUACAUUUCAAGACAACUAGAAUGGAUAUAUCCUCAGAGCCUAAGGAAUCUAAAGAAGCUGUCCAUGUAUAACUAAGAAACAAAGGAUAAACAUACUUUUACAUUGUCUUGAACAUUUUAAGACGCUACACCCAUCUCAUACAGGCAUAGAUUGGUGGUUUACAAUCACAAUGGAGUCACAAAAAAUGAUAAUUAGACAAUAAAUAGUAAAAUAGUCUAGUGUAUGAACUGAACAAAUUGAGUGAGUGUCCCCACAGCUCUGGAUGCUACCUUUUGACGGCAGAUUUACAUGACUGCACAUCUCUAGCGUCUUUGUUAAUCUUGGGCAUGUGCUGUCACUGUGAGUAUUGACACAUGCUCAAUGAAAUAAAAACUAAUUCACAUAAACAAAUUCUCAUGUGCCGCUAAAUGAGUUUUGAAGGCAGGUGCAUAGUCACUGAUUCGGUUUACCAGGCAGAUCCUAUGUGCAUGCGCUGAUACUUGUAGUAAUGGUGCAUAACCAAGAAUAUUAUGGCUGUGCAAGAUGUUUGGCCAUGUUAAUCUGUCGGCACAUUAGAGAAUUGUCUGUAGAAAGACGCUCCCUCACACAUAAAAUUUGUUCACAUGAACUAAUCAAUGCGUACAAAUCAAGUCACUCAUCCGUAAAAUAGUCAAUUGGCCAACAGAUCUCAACCACUAACUGCAUAAUGAACCAACUAGAUCCUUGUUGCCAUUGGCUUCAGGCACUUAUGGAUUCUGUGAAGGGUAGGAUUACAUCUAUGGUACAAACUCUAGUAAUCUGUUCCGGGAGGGGGAAACCAUCGGAUCACCAUUGACAAUAAUGGGAUCUAAGGGGGGCUACUGCGGCUUUCUCGCAUAAGUGCCAUGUUUCGGCUGGACAAAUACCAUUUCAUAUAUAUGCGGCUGAAAGUUGACAUUUAUGCUGGAAAGCCGCUGGAUACACAUUAGAUCUUAUUCAUGGGGAUCUGAUGGUAACUGGCUAUGAUGGAUAAAGUAAACUCUCGUAACCUGAACAGACUGCCGGAGUUUGUGCCGGAGAUGUGACCAUAGCCUAAGAUGAAAUUUCUAUGGCUAGGUUAAAGUGUGAAGAUUUAGGAAUGAUUAAGACAAGCAAAUAUUGUAUAUAGCUACUCACAAUGCUUAGAAGUUAAAGGGGGUGACAUGACACAAAUCAACUAGAUCAACACUUGGUGACUUGGACAUUUUUCACAUGUUGGUGGAUAAUUUAGCAAACCAAAGAGUUGAUGAAGGUGCCACUUGGAGCCUCAGAGUUCAGCUGAGAUGUAAUUUUUUCCUAAAAUGUUGUUCCUUCCAGAUUCUGACUACUUUUGCGUAAAGGACAAUGCUAAAUGGGAGUUGCUUUUUUUUUUGAAGCUUUUACAGGAAUGUGUCUAUAGUAUAAUUAAAUUUUUGAUAUCUGUCCAUUUACCCAUACUGUAUUUCAUUCAAGCAAUAAUUGUGACCUAGGAGGAACUCUUAUUCUCAUGGAAUCUCUUUUGAAAAACUUUGUUUGCAAAAAGGUGAAGGUAUGAUUUUCUACACUUUUACUUAAUUUUUCUAAUUGAAGAUGAAACUUUUGUUUAUACAAAUAAAACUUUUUUUUUA